AUGGUUCUCCUGGCCGUGGCUACCAUGGCUUUGGCAACGCUUGCCUUGGUGGGCCAUUCCGGGCUGCGUGGCGGGGGAGAGGCCACCGUGGGAUCGGCAGUCGAGCUGGCCAGCUUCUCGGAGGAGGUGAAACUGGACAAUGAGGUGGUCUUCGGUGGCUCGGCAGGAGACAAGGACCUCAACGGGUGCAUGGACCUUCCUCCUGGCAAGCGCUCCAUCUCUGUGAAAGGCACGAACACCAAGGUCACGCUCUACAUGCUGAGACGCUGCAAGGACUACACGGGUCACUCGCACCAGGUCGGAUCUUGCGAUGCAAGCAGGCACCCGGAUCACGUAGAGCAGGUCAACUUUGGUGAUCACGGAUGGCUCCAGAAUGCCCAGUCUUACCAAAUUGAACAGUGCUGA